AAGUCUUUUUGUAUGAUUCCUCGACCGAACAGUAACGAAGAAAAGUUGCGUUGUUUGAGAUGGAUAAACAACAUGGGUCGUGCCGAUGUGAACAUCAAUACGUUGAAAUUUGGUAAAGACGCUGUGUUAUGCGAAGAUCAUUUUCACCCAGAUUGUUUAAAAAAAGAAAUAACAUUGCCGGAAUAUUUUACGAAAAGAAAAAAGAAAGAGUUAGUACCGGGGGCAGUGCCAACAAAAUUUUCGCACAAAACAUACGAUGAAAUAAACAUGGACGGCACAAAACAUUUACAGCAACGAAAAUUAUCUGUUAGACGAAGUGAAGAAUUAGCACGUUCUGAACUUAUCGGCCAUCUGCUAACGGAAAACGAAGUUUCUCAAAACGAAAUUGUGAAUGUUCAAACAAAUCCAACUUUGGUUGAAGAAGAAACCAUCAUGAUCAUAAAUGUGAAGGAUAUUAUUGAACCAACCCACAAGAACGUUGGAGUUCAAUGUGAAAUAUCACUGAGCGACUUAAACAGAAGCUGUCAAACUGAUCGGUUAGAAUCAUGUGACUUUGAAGCGCAAGCUCCCGAGUAUUAUUCCAUUUCUGCUAAUUACGUUGCUGUGGUAAACGAUCACGCAUAUUUCAAAGAAAAAACUGUUUGCUCCACUCCUUCCAAAAGAAAGCACGUUUGUGAAGACGUCUCACUCUCUCCUAUAAACUCGUCAUUAUAAUCCUUACCAACUGACGAUGAAAAAGACUCUGAUUACAUCGCUGAAAGUGCAGAAGAGUCAAUCAAUAUUAGUGAUGCUCAUGAAACCGAACGAAGCAUUUUAAAAGAAAAGAAAUUUGUUGUUUUCGAAAGCAUGCUAGAUGAAAUAUUUAACUUACUGCCCUGUUGUUCAUGUGAUGGAACCGCAACCAGUAUCGAAAAGCGUGAGCAGGGAACGUGUGUACUAUACAAAGGGUAUUGCAUCAAUGAGCAUGUGGUUUUUGACUGGAAAAGUCAACCCAUGCUUGGAAAAAUGCCAGCAUUUAAUUUGUUGCUAUCCUCUGCAAUAUUUUUUUCAGGUAAAAAAAAUCUUCUUUUGCAUGCUGCAUGAUGAUAUGCAAAUUUACAGCAGGCUAUGCCAUGUUUUCAAACGGGUUGAAAGCAACCUCAUCUCUCGGACAUGUUGACUUUUUGUUAUUUUCGCUGCUCAUUCAGCACGCUGCAGUCUGGAUCACCUAAAAUCAUAUAUUACCAUUUUAGGAAACACAUAUGAAAGGAUGAAGAAAGUUGCGAAUUUUUCUGGUUUAAAUUUUGUCAAUCAACGAACAUACUAUGAUGUUCAGCGAUCACUGAUAAUCCCAACUGUAAACGACCAUUUCGUGAAAAAUAUUGCCAGUGCAAGAGAGGAUAGUCGGGGAGAGAAUGAAGCAUGUCUUGGCGAUGGCAGAUAUGACUCACCUGGUAAAUCUGCCAAGUAUUGCACAUAUAGUUUACAAUCGUCAGCGUCUAACAAAAUUGUUGCGACAACCACAAUCCAAACAACAACCGGUAAAGGUUCGGCGCCCUUGGAGUUACAGGCUUCAAAAAUUGCCUUGAGCAGUUAAGUUCCGAUAACUAUCCUGUAGGAAGAGUUGCCACGGACCGAAACAGGCAAAUCGCUAAAUGGAUACGUGAAAACAGGUUAGAUAUCAUGCAUCGGUAUGAUCCAUGGCAUUUUGCUAAGAACAUCAAAGCCAAACUUAGACCAUUAGUAAAACGAAAAGAUAGGCGAAUAUUACAGGAUUGGAUCAAACCAAUAGGAAAUCAUCUUUUCUGGUGUGCCGAAAACUGCCAAGGUGACCCAGAGCUGCUGGUGCAAAUGUGGAAGUCGAUACUUCAACAUGUUACGAAUAAACAUAAUUUCGCGACAUUGGAAGAAACCGUCUUUGAUAAAAAAAACUUGAAGGAUAUGGAACUUCUUUGCGAACCAUACCACACAGGGGGCGUGGAAGUUUUUCACUCACUGAUAACAGCGUACGCACCAAACGGCAACAUUUCGAGUUGAAUGUGAUGAACGCCCGAGUGAAGUUGGCUAUCUUGGACCAUUACAAUAACGUUGGUCGAAAGCAGGCUGUUGUAAAAUGCGCGCGUAAAGGGAGUCAGAAGGUCGGUGAAAAAAAGUGGAAGUUUGUCUCAAGCAAAUUGAAUAAAGAGUGGGUCGCGAAACCUGUGAAAGAACCAAGUCUUUCAGUUUUGUUGAUGCGAUAAUGAAUGACAUAAUUGAAAGAAAGGAGAGUGGGGUAAAGGUAAAGAUCUCUGGUAAAGAAGUUGUAAACAAGCUUAGUCGACCACGUAACAUUGCCCACACGGCCAGACCUGACACUUCGAAAAUUUUAGAGAAACGGAAUUAUGCAAAACGAUUCAAAAAAUAACUCUGGUCCUUUGUACUUUAUUUCGCUUUUUUGUUGUUGUUAUUGUUUGUUUAAAAAUGUUAAGUCCCGUUAUAUGUCAACAAAUUCUUUGAAUCCAGUAUAUUUUCCAUCUGAAUCAGGAAAUUCUUCCCUUAUUUUCCGCACAACACAAGCUGGAAUCACCACGCGACAUCCUUUUCCAAGCCUUUCAUAAUAAUGUACCCAGGCCGUGUACUGUCGGUAACUGGUGUACCUCAUUUCCCUACAACGGAAUCAAAGUUUAUGUUAUAGUGUAAACCAGGAUAAAAUAUUCGAAAGAAAUUAUUUAUUCAUCAAAACUUCUUUGAAACAAAUUGUUAUUUGAGCACAUGGGCUCUCCUCCUUUUUUAUUAGAUUUUCAAGGAAUGUCAUUAUUUUUAAUUUAAUUAAAUAAUCUGCGAUGGUGUGUAUUUUCAUAGCGCAUGGACCUGUAAGAUUAUAAAGCGAAAAGUGAGAAGAUAAGAAAAACGUUUUAUUUGUGUGUGACAAUGAGAAAUAUGGUCUGUGAAAAUAUUUGCGAGAAACAUAUUUUUUGAAGAAAGACUUACUUAUUAGUAUAUGUGGAGAGUUCGUUAUAUUUUUUCUGAUAUCGUCGAUGUCGUAUGCUGGCUGUCUCUAACACUGUGCGG